ACGGCGACCUGCCGCACAACACAUUGCCGUGUCGCUACCGAACGUCGGGCAAAAAACAGUUCACAGUUUGCACCGUAUUCCGUCUGUAAUAUUAGAGUUGCAGCGUUUGGCAGCUGCGCGCGGACUGUACACGACAUCGCUUCAGCUGCCUCGCAGAAAGAAGGACAGAAAGAGAGAGAGAGAACCGAGGACGAUUUAUCUGUUCUGCGGUCGCCGAGCGUACUACCUAUUCUGUACGCGUGUGUGUGUGGGUGUUUGUUUGUGUCUGUCUGUGUGUGUGUGUGUGUGUGUGUGUGUGUGUGUGUCUGUGUGUGUGACUGCGGCGCGCUGACGCGGACUUGCGAUUGGUGAUUGCGCGUGUCGCACGUUACCGGCCGCUAGCUCUGUAAAGCUGACAGACGGAGAGCGCGCACGAACACCGCCCGGUCGCCGUCGUUCAUGCACGCCUGAGCGCGUCGCUGCUUGAUGUGCGACGACGACGACGACGCCGCUGACAGCGCCGCCAUGCUACCGAUGAGGAUGCCCUGCACGGCGGAAGAGAUCAGCUUCCACAACUCGAACAAUGGCUUCAAGCAUCUUAUGUCGGCCGCCGCCCCGCCGGACGGAGCCGCCACCGACGACCCGUCGCCGACCAGCGACGUCGCCAGCGACGGUCGCGUCGUCGGCCACGAACACGCGCUGCUGCUGCUGCCGUGCCCGAAGAGAAGCGAGACGCCGGUGAACGUCGACGACGACGAUGACGACGACGUCGCCGACGACGACGACGCGUUCGUCGGCGACCUGGAUAGCGACAACUGCGACGCGAUGCGACACGCCGAGGAGGGUUCCGACGGCGAGAUGACGAGCUUCAAGGUCGAGUCGGAGGCGGACAGCGGGAAGGAGAAUCGAGAGGAGGGCGGCGACGACGAGGGCGGCAACGGGGAGCAGAAGGCGAAGGGUAACACGGUGAAGCCGCCCUACUCGUACAUCGCACUCAUCACCAUGUCGAUCCUGCAGUCUCCGUCGAAGAAGCUGACGCUGUCCGGCAUCUGCGAUUUCAUCAUGAACCGCUUCCCGUUCUACCGCGAGAAGUUCCCGGCGUGGCAGAACAGCAUCCGACACAACCUGUCGCUGAACGACUGCUUCGUGAAGAUCCCGCGCGAGCCAGGAAACCCGGGCAAGGGCAACUACUGGACGCUCGACCCGGCCAGCGAGGACAUGUUCGACAACGGCAGCUUCCUGCGACGCCGCAAGCGAUACAAGCGCACGCAGCCCGACCUGAUGCGCCAGCCGACGGCCUUCAUGGCGGCGACGUCGCCCUACGGUCAUCAGUUCCUGCACGGACACCACCCGCACGCCGGCCUGCCCUACCCGUACAUGUCGCCGAUGCCGACGCCCGUGCAGCUGAUGACGCGAGGCGAGCUGGACAGGAGCACGCUGAACCCGCUCGCCUACAACACGGGCGUGUCGUCGAUGCCGUCGGCCGUGUGCAAGCCGUCGCCGUCAGCGCGUCCGCCCGGCGCCGUGUUCAGCAUCGACAACAUCAUCGGCAACCACGACAGCAGUCCGGCGCAGCUGCAGCAGCUGCUGCACGGUCGCGGCGCUAACUCUGCCUUCACGGCGGCCAUGCCGCUAGCCGGCGUCACGGCGGCCGACGUCGAGAAAUACCACCGACAGCUCGCCGCCGGCAACCUGCUCGGCCUGUCGCCGGCCGACUUCGAGCAGUACCGCCAGCUGGCGCUGGCGAGCGCCGCCGGACUGAGUGCGGUCGAGCUGGAGAAGUACCGACAGUUUCUUCCGAAUCCGGCCGCCGUCGAUUUCGAGAAAUAUCGGCAGCUGCUUGGGCAGCAUGCCGACGCCGCCGACAAGCACGGCCGCAUGAUGGACAGAGUCGGACCAGCGAUCGGUACGGGCGUGCCCGUGUCCAUGUGGCGCUGACCCCCGCGCGGCGGUCACCGGCCGUGACGUCACCGCUGACCCCUUCCCCGCUAUGCGGGCGCUGCGCCGCCGGGACCUCAUCUCAGGUGUUUGUAAAUACAGGACCAGAAACACUCGUGCAGCAGCGACGAUACGAUCAUUCGCGUGCAAUUGAUUUGUGAGACGAGAGAAGCGAGAGAGAGAGGGAGAGGGAGAGAGAAGGGGAGACAAGUGCUACACAUGAUGGUGUGGUAUACCCGGACAGAAAGACGCUCUCUUCCGCUCAGACAUCGGCAAGCUACAUAUAUGUAAUUAUAUGCAGACAUAUUAUUUAUAUAUACGUGUGCGU